AUGGUUUUCAGUGCUAAUGUGCCACCAGAUAAAAAGCAAGCUAUCAUGGCCUUAUGGAAUGCUUCCCAAAUCCAACAAUAUGAAAAGUAUCUUGGAUUACCACCGAUGGUAGGUAGAUCCAAGACUCAAGCCUUCUCUGAAAUAAAGCACAAAGUCUGGCAGCGACUGCAAGGAUGGAAGCAUAACCUGUUUUCCCAAGGAGGCAGAGAAGUCCUCCUUCAAUCACUGGCCUUGGCGAUCCCCUCCUAUGCUAUGAGUUGCUUCAAACUCCCAUCUACGUUAUGCACUGACAUCGAACGGAUGAUGGCCCAUUCCUGGUGGGGCCAAAAAAAGGGAGAAAGGAAGAUCCACUGGCAAUCCUGGAAUAGCAUGUGCAAAUCCAAAUCUUUGGGUGGAAUUGGCUUCAAAGAGCUCGAGGUUUUCAACAUGGCUAUGCUUGGCAAACAAGCAUGGAGGCUUAUGCAAUACAAGAACAGCCUACUUCAUAAGAUAUAUUCGGCCCGUUAUUUCCCUGAUGGCAAUGUGUUAAAGGCAUCAAUAGGUGGAAACCCUUCUUAUACUUGGCGUGGAAAGGAGGCUAAGAAUCUAUUAUUACAAGGAGGAAGAUGGAUUGUCGGUAAUGGCACCACUAUCCAUAUCCUGAAGGACAAAUGGAUCCCUGGUAUAAGUGACUUGAGCAGGGAACUAAGGGCCAAUCUACAACAACAUUAUUACCGGCAUGCUGAUUGUCCAGUGGCGUCUUUGAUUGAUCCUCAUUCACGAUGGUGGGACUUGGCUAAACUUAGAGCUUUAUUCAACCCAAAACUUGUCGAGGCCAUUCUGAAAUUACACCCCAGCCAUUUGGGGGAGGAGGAUUUCUGGGUAUGGGAGCAUGAAAAAUCAGGGAUUUAUUCCGUUAGUAGCGCAUAUAACUUCUUCAGAACUUGCCUAGCUCCUGACCGUGGCACCUGUUCAAAUGCUUCUAAGAGAAAGAAAUUUUAG